AUGGAUGAAGAAGAGAUUAUAGAUGAAAAUGCAGAAGAAGAAAAGGAACAUGAAGAUGAUUUAGAAAAUAGUGAAGAGGAUGAAGAAGAGGAACAAACGAAAAAAGAAAAGAAAAGAAAAGAAAAAAAGGAAAAGAAAAAGAAAAAGAAAGAAAAAAAGGAAAAGAAAGAAAGAAAGAAAGAAAAAAAGAGAAAAGAAUCCUCAUCAAGCAGUGAAAAUGAUGAUACUAUCGAUAAUAAUAGCAAUAAUAAUGAUGACAAUAAUAACAAUGGUGAUAAUAGUGAUAAUAAUAAUAAUAAUAAUAAUAAUAACAAUAACGAAAAAAGAAAAAUUAAUAUUAUAAAUAAUAAUAGUGGUAAAAGAUUUGAUGAAUGGUUAAUAGAGGAAUCAAAAAAACCAAUAGUUAAUAAUAUAGUUAGUAGUAGUCCAUCCCAGUUUUUUAAUGAUAAUGUUUUAUCAACUCAACAACAAAUAGAAAGACGAAAUAAUAUUGCUGCCAUAGCCAAUGUUGGUGACCCUGAAACUAUGUAUGGUAUGUUACAAUCAAUGGAAGAAAACUAUCAAGAGAUCGCAUCAUUUGUCGAAAAAAGGUUAAAUGAAAAAAAAUCAGCAUUCGAUUAUAUAAAAGCCGUAAUGAAAUCAACAACAGCUGAAAGUGACCAAAAUUAUCAAAAACUAAUUCGUGGCGAAAUACUUCAAGAGUUUGUUAAACAAAUUAUUCAAUAUAAGAGUGGCAUUGAAGAAAAACAACUAAACCAGUGUGUAGAUAUUUUAUUAUCAGAAUGCGACGGUAUCAACAGACAGUCCUACAGAGAUAUAGCAGAAAGUAUUGCAGAUACCCUACAUUCAAAUCGAAGAGCACCUAUACUUUUAUUACUACCAAAAUCAUUAGAACAACUAUCCUUCCUCAGUACCCCAGCAAGUAUGGAGAGUGAUGAGUCAUUCAAAUCUCAAAUUAUUAAAAAAAUUGUUGAAUCAGAAUGGAAUAAAGAAAUUUUCAUAUCAACUAUUUCAAUGCUCAAUGAUUUACAAUUAAAUAAGUCUGAUUUAGAAUUAGUUAUUAAUAAAAUUUUUAACGAAUCAAAAGAUUUAAUUAAAGAUGAAUACAUUUCUUUAGUUCACCAAUUAAUUUUAUUAUCAUCAAAGGGGUUAAAAGGUGUUAUAAUGAAAGGAAUUUGUGAAUUAUUUUCAAAUAUCGAAAAAAGUGAACAAGAUAGAGAAUUGGGGUACAAUGACAAUAAUAACUAUACUAGUAGCUUUAAAAUGAUAAAUAAUCAUGGAGAAUCAAAUAAUUUAAACGAGUUGUUUUGUGUCGAAUCAAUUAUUUUUCAACAAUUGAAUAUUUCAAUUAAGCAAGAUAUGGAUUUAGCAAAAGAAUAUUUAAAACUUAAACAGGUACCAACUCAAUUUAAUAUAGCUUUAUUAAUGAAUAUUUCAAGAAUUGCAAGGUAUAAACCAAGUGCCUUCGAUUGCCUUAAACAUUUAGCAAUAGAUUUUGUCAAAUCCUCAACGUCAAAUUUUGAUGUUUUCAAAGAAACUAUAAACUCAACUACUAAGGGUUUAGAUAUUAUUGUUGAUGCCUGUGUCCAAUUUGCCAUCACCCUUAUGGACUACCAAUUGAUAGUUGUUACCGAUACUGUCAAAGCACUUCGUACUAUGGGUUUAAACUUAUUAUUCGAACUCUUUUCGGGUCACCAAUCUAUUAGAGAAACUAUUUUAGAUGAAAUUCUUUCGCGUAUUAUUAUGAAAUCAGAUACAAUUCCACAAAACUGGUUUAUUCUUUUAUCAAAGAUUUGUAAAACAUUUACUGCUGAUGUUAGGUACUCAAAACUCAAAGAAUCAUUCGAGUAUUUACAACACUACUCGACAAACACCGUACAGCAAUUGGUGAAUGCAUUUGAUAGAAUAUUUUUAAUUCAAAGUAACUUUUUAAAUGCAAUUAUUGUUGUUUUAAAGAAAUCAAUGUUUGCGCGUGAAAUUGAAGCUAGAUCUGCUGGUGUAACUGGUUUCCUACAAUUACUCAAGUGUUUAUCAUCUCCUGACGCAAUGUCCAGCAAUGGCAGACUAAUGGACCAAGUUAUUUUAGAAAUUUUUGGUAUUCUCAGAAGAGCCUUAACUCAACAGGAAUCAAUUAGAUCAUUACUUUAUCAAGGCCUAACCGAUUUAGUUAGCACAAGACCCGAUUUAUGUGAUCAUGUUUUCGAAAUGUUAUCCCAUCAAUUCUCCCAAUACAUUGAUAUAACUGGCAGUAAUAGAUCACCAUUCGACUUGGCAAAGUGUGUUGAAAUGAAAUCACUAAACACCACCAUCGUUUCUGAGCCAUUAGAUAAAUUAAUAUAUUGUAUCCAACUUUGUAUUUCAAAAACAAACAAUAUAAAUAAUAAUCAAGUUUCAAACAGUCAAGCAGCUCCCUCAACCCAAAUAGCAUCAAGCCAACAACAUCAACCAAGAAAAGAUUCAAUUCAAAGAAAUGAUUUAAAAGUUAAAUUCGAAACAUUUUUAGCAUUAAUUAGGGAGUGUUCCAUCGAAAGUUUCCAAUUCUCUGGUAGAGGAACUGAGGCAAUGACAUUUCAAUGUAAAAUGCUUAUUGGUGUUAUGGAAUCACUUAUUGAAUAUAUUUCAAUUUCUGAAAGUGAUAGUUCAAAAAUCGUUUCAAUCUUAUCAUUAUUCUCUCUCUAUAAUCAACUAUUAAAGAAAUUAAAAGAAAAUCAAGAGGAAACAUCAUCAAGAUCAUCCAUUCAAACAAAGCAAAAGGGUAAAUCAAAAGCCAUUGAUCAAGACGACGAAAAUAAUUUUGGUGAUGAAGAUGAUGACAAUCAUGAUGGUGAUGGUAAAUCUAAAAAGAAACCCACAACCAACAGUACCACCAAAAAAUCCCCAUUUAAUAGUAGCAGUAAUAACUCUGCAAUUAUUGCAGGAUUUAAUCAAUUCCCUUCAUUAAAAUGUUUAUAUAAUUUAUUAAAAACCAUCUGUGGCUCACCAAAACAUUUAUUCAAUAGAAACAAUCCAGAUCAUAUGGAGUUACUAUACUAUAGCUACUCAACAUUAUUCAAUUCAUUAUCAAAACUGUACAAUGGUAUUAAAGUUUUAAAGAAAUCAAUGGAUAAAGAUCAAAUCACUCAACUUUUUCAAAUUCAGCCAGAAAUAUUCUUUAAACACUUAUUAAUUUAUUUGAUGAAUGAAAUUAUGGAAAAUGAAUGGGUAACCCCAUCCAAUGCUGGUCAACAACCAAAAAAACCAAUUCAUACUAUAGCUCUCUCGUGUAUCGAUCUUAUGGUAACUUUUGUUUUUGAAAAUAAAAGUGAAAUCGUAAUGUAUAAUAUUUUUAGCCCAAUUUUAGAUAACAUUAGAUUGAAAGAGUACCAAGAGCAAUUGAAAGAAUAUCAAGAAAAGCUAAAGGACAAACAAGAUAAUCCAGAUGAAGAGCAAGACCAAGAACCACUUAUUGAACCAGCUAAACCAACAUCCAAUAUUAGAGGUCACAAAGUUAUUGUUGUAAUGGUAGAAAAAUUGCAACAAAUUAUUACAUCGCACAUGUUUCAAGAGUACUAUCCAGACUGUGAACUGUUAUUUAAUGUACUUACAAAUCUAUAUAAAUAUCUAACUGAAUUCGAUGAGGUUAGACCAUCAUUCGUUUUCUUAAAAAACAUAUCAAGCAAAAACAAAAUCGAUUCACCAGCAUUAGCAACCACCAUCCUACGUUCAAUCAUCGAUAUGUGCAAUAAACAAGAUCAAUCCAUUACCGAGACCUUAUCAAAAUAUGUUUUAGCAUUAUUAGGUUCAUUCAAAUCCGAUGUAUUAUAUGAUGGUAAUCACCCACCCAAAGUUUUAGCUCUAAUUAAUGAAAAAACAGUUUCAAGUACAAUUAAUAUUUUAAUUGAAAAUGAAGAAUCAUGUAUCGAUAAAUCAAAAGAAUUAAUAUCUCAUUUGAAAAAAGAUUGGAAUGGUGGUAAAUUAUCAGAAUCCGAAAGUCAUAUUUUAAUUAAAAACAGAGAAAUAAUAUGCAAUAAUCUUCAAAACUGCUGUAAAGUUUUACAACACCUUUCAAUUUGUAAAAUUAUAGGUUCACCACGUGAAAAGUUUUUAAAAUUAAUUAAAAAACUAUAUACAGUAUUAACAAGCUAUAUUAAUUUGUUAAUGUUAUUUUUAACGAAUGUAAAUGAUAGGAUUAAAGAACUAGUAGAUUUAUCAUCAUUAUUGUCGUCAAAUAUUUAUGAUUUUUCUGAAUGGAGAGAUGAUUCAACCAAAAAGAAUACAAGUAAAUUAAAUGCUCUAGAAAAAGCAAGAAUAAAUAGGGAAGCCAAAUUAAUGCCAACAAUUACUUUUCAAUUAGAGAAAUAUGAAUCGACUGUAUUAAAAUAUCAAAAGAAAGUCAAAGCUGAUAAAAUUCGUUUAGGUAUUCAUUUUAAAGAUGCAAAAUCAAGAGAGUUUGUAAUUGAAAGACAAACCCUAUUAGAUAAAAUGGAAAAUAACAAUGAUGAAGAUAAUAGUGAUAAUGAAAAACCUUCAAGAAAAAGAAAAUCAACCAAUAUUUCUAAACCUAUAUCUAAAAAUACCAGUAAAUUAAAAUCAAAUAGAAAACCACCAACAAAUAACAAAAAAUUAAACGAUAACAAUAACGAUAACGAAGACGAUGAUUAUGAUGGCCAAAAUGAUAAUAGAAUAAAAAAAAAGCAAUAUACUAAAAAGAAAUAUUAAUAUUAUUUUUUUUAAAUUAACAUAAAAUGAAAUUUUAAUAUUUAAAAUAAAUAUUUAAAAAAAAAUAUCUAUUCUUUUUUUAC